AUCUCUAUACCAUUUUCUUCUUCCUAUCACAAACUCAUCAUGGGUGGUUCUAACCGAGAAGGCGGCAAGGCCAAGCCCUUGAAGGCCCCGAAGAAGCAGAACAAGGACCUCGACGAGGACGACCUGGCCUACCUCGAGAAGAAGAAGGCCGAUGAGAGAGCGCGCAAGGAGAUGGCCGCCAAGGCCGGUGGCAAGGGCCCUCUGAACACGGGUGCCCAGGGCAUCAAGAAGAGCGGCAAGAAAUAGACAACGACGACGAAGACGACACGACG